AUGAUUGAUUCACAUCAACGUGUUGCGUACAUCAGACUUGAUUCAUUCGAUGCAGGAAACUUUGAUGCUGAUUAUGGAUCACGUAUAGUUGCAAGUGUUGGUUCUCGUUGUUCUCUCUUGAGAAAUGCAAAAGAGUUUUCAAACUUUGAUAAAUGCCCACAUAAAGUAUGGGAAUUAAAAUAUCGUAAUCCACAUACUUCUUCUUUCAUAUUGUCCUUCUCCAAGAAGCGCACUUUUGGAGGCGAUAUUCAAAUUGGAGAAGCAGAGCUCAAAUUAUCCCAUUUUGAGUUGAAUUCAGUUACUAAGCAAGAAGUUAAGCUUAGAAACUUUGGAAAUCGUCGCUUAUCUAGUACUGCGACAAUUUCAGUACAUAUGUGUGAAGAUGGAUCAUAUCCAUUCAGUGCAAGAGAAGGUCAUCUUCUUGAGCAUUCACAUGUUUAA